AAGAGAUAGAUGAUUUAUCUGUAGGAAUAUAGUUUUUAUAUUAGAAAAAUAAAUUGUCUAUGUUUGAAUUGCAAGUAUCUGAGACUAAUGUCAACUUUUUGUGUGUUUCUUUUUUGUUUUUUUCUUACAGAUUGUUUUGCUGCAUUUCAACGACUGACUUUCUUUCCCCCUUCAGUUCAGUUUUUAUUUUUUUGUGUGAAAAGAAAUAAAAUAAAUAAAAUUGUAUUUAUGUUGACACCGAGCCAUCACAUGCUACAAAGAUGAAAAUAAACCAUAAGACGCAUGUUGAAAAGACACAGAAGAAAAAACAGCAACACAUAAUAAUAAAUAAAAUAAAAAUGCAACACACGACGACGACGACGACAACAACAACAAAAACAACGACGACAUUACCACCAAUUCAUGCAACAGCACCAGCCAUGUCCUUGUCAAAAGGAUGGAGACUGUUGUUGUUAAUGACCAUAUUUGUUUGUUGUGUGGCAACAACAACAGUUGAGGCACAAUGCCCUUGGCAAAGAGACAUACCCGAUUUGCAAACAUCCUGUAUAUGUUCAUAUAAUUUAGGCAGAGAAUUGUCGGUGCAGUGUGACCAGGUACACUUUCCCACUUUAUUGGAGGCCUUAAAUAAAUAUGCCAAACAGAAACCCAUUGAUUUGUUGUAUGUCAACAAUUCCACUGUGGGCCAUUUACCCGAUGACAUGUUUAUUAAUCUUAGUUUGCACAAUGUCCAAUUGUCCAGUUGCAAAAUAUCGGAAAUUAGUGAGGGCGCCUUUAGGGGCCAAGAGUUGGUGUUGAAAAAUCUAAAUCUGCAGGAGAAUUUACUGGACGAUGUGCCCAUAGCUUCUUUAAGAAUAUUAAGUAUUUUAAAUUUAUUGGAUUUAUCCAAAAAUCGCAUAACCACAAUACCCGAUGAGGCCUUCAAGAGCUCAACGAAAUUGUCUACCUUAAAGCUAAAUGACAAUAAUGUCACCUUGUCGUCGGGAGCUUUCAGGGGUUUAGAGAAUAGCCUAAAGAAUUUGAAUUUGAAGGGCACACGUCAACGUCGUGUACCCGAGUGCAUAAGAGGUCUCAAGAGUUUGGCCUUUUUGGAUCUAUCGUUGAAUGGCAUCAAAGAAUUGCCUGGUGUGGGUGGCAUACGUACAUUUGAAGGUUUAGAUUCUUUGACCGCCCUCAAUCUGGAGCGCAAUUUAAUACAGAGUUUGGGUGAAUCCUCGUUUGCGGGUGUCCGCAAGACUUUGAGUUCCUUAAGUUUGUUGAACAAUCUUUUGGCCGAAUUUCCAGUGGGUGCUAUCCACGCUCUGAAGGAGUUGAGAGUUUUGGAUAUUGGUUUUAAUUUGUUGACCACUUUGCCGGAGUCGGCGUUCCGUGGCAAUCCUAGCAUUACGUUAUUGGCCUUGGAUGGUAAUCCUUUGCCGACAGUACCUGAAAAAGCCUUCUCCCAUUUGAAUGCCACUCUGCGCGGUUUGUCGUUGGGCGGUCGUUUUCUGCACUGUGAUUGUAAGUUGCGUUGGGUGGCCGAAUGGAUUCGUAAUGGAGAUUUGCAGGUGACCUCACGCGAACGUAAUCCACAAUUUUGUGGCAGUCCCAAUCGUUUCCGUGAUCGUGGUUUCUACUCCAUACAAGCCGAUGAAUUAACCUGUCCCGAUGACAGCGAAGCCGAUCUAAAUGGUCCAGUCGGUGUAAUUGAUACACUGCAGCCCGUGCAAAAGCCAACCAUUGCACCCAGUAUAGUGCCUUUAACUGUUAACCAAACACAGGCAAGUGCUUCCAAUAAUGUUCCAAAUGUGGUGUCAACAACAACCGCUGCGCCAUCAACUACACGUUUGACAACGACGACGACAACAACAACGCCGGCUACAAGUCCAACUACCGCAAAAACCACAAAUACUCCACGUUCUACAACAACGACGACGACCACCAAAGCAACAGCAGCAACUACACCCGUUCCUCCGGCUGCCUCCCCCUCAUCGUCGGCUGGUUCUGCUAGCAGUGGUAACUCUUCACAAUUACCUGUACAGCCAACACUACAAUCCACAGCCGGCAUUGGUUCUGCUUCACCUACAACCAUCACAAAUCCAAAUGCUGCUAAUGCAAAGCCAGUACCUGCAUGGCGCCAAAAUGCAUCCGGCAGCAGCAGCAGCAGCGGCAUUGGCAGUAGCAGUAGUGGCACAUCCGUCAGUGGUACACCACACAAACAACAACGACCUCCCCUAGUGCUGGGUUUCCCACCCCAACGUGGCACACGUAUUGAUGACUCCAACGAGGUGCAAGUGAAAAAUGCCUUCCGCCAAGACAGCUCUGUCAUCAUACAAUGGGAUUCCGAUACUGCGAACAUUUUAGGUUUUCGCGUUGUCUAUCGUCUGUUUGGUGAGAAAUCCUUUAAGCAAGGACCCCCACUGGAGGCCAGCGAACGUGAGUUUAAAAUCAAAAAUGUUCCCGCUCAGGAAUGCAUUAUUGUGUGUGUGAUAUCGUUGGAGGAAUUGCAUGUAACGCCUGAAACGGUGCCCUAUCAACAGUGUCGUGAAGUGCGCACUGUAGCUUCGCAAACAUCGAAUAUGGACAAGAUAACGAUUGCAGCAAGUGCGGCUAUUUGUGGCACCAUUAUUGUGGCUGUGAUUGUUUUUAUAGCUGCGAGCAGACGUUCUCGCAAACUACAAACGUCCCAACAAAAGAGUCCACUGCCAAUUGGAGGUUUGCCCGUAAAUUGUUGCGGUCCAGCCGGUUCACCAGGACCACUUGGCUCAAUAGCAACGCUUUCGGCAUUCAAUAAUCACAAGGAAUGGGAUCAAGUAUCAGCAUAUAGUGGUCGUUCGAUACCACGUCCUAGAAUAUAUCCCAUGGAUAAUCAGGAUGAUAUGCGUAGUCAUUUCUCGGGUAUGCCCGGCAAAUUAGCGAAACCCAGAUCCAUUGCUGAUGGUCAAUCGCAGCACAGCUUUUCCAAUAACUCACAUCGCGGCUACCUGGGCACAGCAUUUCCCUCGAAUUUGGUCAAUUCGCGACCAGAAUUAAGACAAUCGAGACAAUCGUUGGCGGCUGCUUCUGAAAGGAUGUCGCGUGCCUCCUAUGCCGGCUCUAUGCAUGGCGGCCCACAAAGCGUAGCGUCUAGUACACGUCGCUCAAGACCGCGUUCCCGAUCACGCGAUCAAUUGAAUACCACGCACAUGCAUAAUCAUCGACCUGGAAGUCGAUACUCAACCGCUGGUUCUACCCACACUCUAAAUAACUAUUGCGAUACAUCGGACAAUUGGACUGAUCAUGAUAUGGAUAUAUACAUGGCUAGAAAUCCAACUACACGCAAUGGUUUAGUGCCAUUAUGAGGGCGUGUUAUGUUAUCCUGAUAUUUCGAUGUUGUAUUAAAUUUAGAUGAGAUUUUCUGACAGUACGUUACGCCUUCCGGUGGUGCCAAUAACGGUGCCAGGGAGGCGUAUUCAUUAUAUGUGCAACAGCAAUUACAAUUACAACAGCAGCAACGUGAACAACAACAGCAAUUACUACUACAACAACAGCCAUAUCAUUUCAAUGAAAAUCAUUAUAAUCGUAUUAGACGUACAGCCUCUUCAACUUCAUCUUCCUCCUCUGCCAGCAACUGUAACAACAACUCUACAUCGUAUCCACGUUGUACAUCACCACCUGAUGUGGUGCCAAGAUUACAAAAUACAAAUGCCGGCAACGCCACCGCCGCCGCCAAUACACCCACAAUACCUGAAGAAUAUGAACACAAUGGUAUUGUUGUUGAAAAUUAUUUCAAUGAAUACGAACGUCAGGAAAUUGUACAUCAUCAUCAACCAAAACGAAAACUAAAUUCAACGAAUUUAUAUACAAAUUCGAAUUUAAGUGCGAAUGCGAAUACGAAUACAAAUAGCGUAAGUGAGGGGGGAGAGGAGUUAAUGGUGAAUAAUUCAAUAUUCACCUUGUCACCAGCAUUGCAACUUCACCACCCUGGUAAUGUAGUAGUAUAUCAUCAUUCACAGCAGCAGCAACCACAACAACAACAGCAACAACCGCAACAAAUUAACGAUUCAACGAGUAAUUCUAAUGCUAUUACUAAUAAUUCUAAUUGUAGCAAUAAUAACAAUAAUAAUAAUAAUAUUAUAAAUAUUAAUAAUAAUAAUAAUAGCAAUAAUGCUAGUUUAAAUAAGGAAAUUUCUGUUAACAGUAGUGAUGAUGGUAAUUUUAGCACAAAAUGAAAUUUAAAACAAAAAUUUGUAAAAACCUCCUCUUUAUCAUUGAAACAAAGAUCAUCACUAUUUGUUAAACUAAAAAACAAAAUUUAAAAUAUUUAGAACAACGAAAUUACAAACUUAUAAAUUAACUUUUCUUCUUUAUUUUUUUUAUACAAAAUAUACCUAUAAAAACUUCAAAUGAUUUCAAGCCAUUAAAACAGGCUUGAAAUCAUUUGGACAUUUAUGGUUUUUUCUUUAAAAAAAAACAAAAUUCUAAAUUAUAUAGCAAUUCUAAAAUUUAAGUCAUUAAUUAUAUUACUAAUCUAAAAUUACCUAAGGCAACAUAUGCAAUAUUAGAUUUAGAACACUCAUUUACACACUACAAAAAGAGGUGCAAUUUUUUUUUUAAAAAAUAAACAAAAUUAUUUUGUACAAAAGAAGAAAAAAAAUUUGUUAACCAAAAAACCAAGUCGUCGUGGUAACAGCAGGUUCUAUUUUUUAUAUAUACAACAAAACAAAAAAAAACAUAUAUUUUCCUUACUUUUUAACUUUUUAACUAUGAGUAUUUUAUAAUUUUUAUUUUAAAAUUAACAUCAAUACAAAAUUGCAAUAGUAUUUGAUUAAUAAAACAAACAAAAAUAAUAAAUUAAGAUUUUUAUUUUUUACAAUAAA